CCUGCAGUGCAAAUAUUGGCGAGGUCUAUUUCCCGUACAGGUUGGAAAUAUUAUUACAUUAGUGCUGGAAGCAGCUCUUUUGGGAAAUAAUGGUGAUGACUCAAUAGUGAGACCUGUUCUGUAGGACAUUUGUGACCCCCCUCUCUGGCUGUUCCAAGUGUGAUUGUGGAAAAACUAUGAAUUAUGGAGGACUAAAGUAGCUCUUAAAGGUUACAUGUCCUGACACAAUGACUCGGUUUGUACCUAAGCAUCUCUGUGAUAACGAGUGAUUAUUUUUCUGGGAGCAAUGUCAUCUUUUGUGGCACGAGAAUUGUUCCCUCAGCCGGUGGAGGGCGGCACUGUCCUGGCCAUGGAUAUUUUGGCGAAGAAAUUUCAUGACCAAUCACUGGAGGAAUCCUCUACCAGUCAGAAUGCAUCUCAAAUUAAGUUUAUCCGUCCAGGAGAUGGUUUCAAAUUAAGUCGUAAUGCCGAAGCUAAAUUGGCAGGGGCAGACAAAAAAGUGUUUACAGUGCAGCUGAAGCCAGAUGAGAGCAACAAUGUUGUAAGUGGCUUUCCUUUGGGAGUUUACCCCGAUAACCUCAGGGAGCAGUCAGUGUGUGACAAGAACUCCAAUUGCCAGGUUGACCCACCCUCAAAGAGGCACUGCCGUUCAUUGUCAGUGCCGGCGGACAAGAUGUCUCCUAAAAUAUGGCAGCCACAGGAAACCCAUGUUUGGAGGCCUAUAGCUGUGAUAUCUAAUGACAGACAACGGACCAUAAACCCGUGUUACUUAAAUCCUUCAGAGACUGUUGACCCCACACAACAGACUUCAAAUUUUAGUAGUAUAGCUCCCACAAAUUUCCGUUAUGAGCCAGGAGGUCAAGGAUUACACAUACCCUCAGAUAUUUUUACCCCACCUGAAUCACCAGUGCCCCGCCCUUCAUCUGCUUCCACUUGUUCAGGUCGUCAUGACAUUUCAUCUUACCAAAAACUUCAUGCAUUUGAUAACCGUAGUCUUUCAUAUGAGGACCAAAUCUCAUCUAGCUCUUCAGCAGGUUCAACACCCAGUGUUCCUAUGUUUAUUGGUUCAGCUCAGUCAUCUCCGCACCGACACAGGAUUCCUCGGUGUCGGUCACAACCAUCUGUGCUGCAUGACAGAAAGUAUGGAAUCAAACGACGAAGAGAUCAUGACCAGAGACCAGCUCUGAAUUUCUUAAAAAUGACGGAGAAGCGGGUAUCACGUUUCCAUGAAGAAUUUGAGUCUGUGAUGAGUCUCAUGCCAAUAGCUAGUUCUCCUCUGGAUAAAGAUGUUCCUCUGAGUCGAGCCAUGGAGUCCAGCACAAGUCCAAUCACAGAGAUGGAGCAGGGAAGGAGAGGCAGUGCAGAGUUUUUAGAUUUUGACCCCACUGACUUUGAAGAUGGACCUGUCAAGCUAUUGGGUGAUGAGGUGGAGGAAAUCUUUCCUCUCCAGGAGGACUUAGAUUUAGAACAAAUUGAGACAAAUUAACUUUUGUUUGUCUUGACAAAAUUUAUCUAUAGAACUUUAAUCUGAAACUUGAAAUAUGUUGGUUUUUUUUCAAUGGAACAAAAAGAGAACGUAAGUUACAUAUCUUUUUCUUCUUCAUUACAAAAUAAUUUCCGUCCAGGUGGUUAUGAUUAAAUAUAGAUUGACUUAGAAGUGCAUCUUUAUACACAUAGUUGACAUUUUAAAAAAAAAUGUAAAAUACAGUAAGUGUUCAAAUAGCUUUGGAUUGAUAUUAGUGUAAAAAGAUUUUUAUGUGUAUAUAUACCUCAAUGGCAUCAAAUAUGUUGCAUUUACAAAUAAUUUUCACCAACAUAUAGGAGAUGCAUGUAUAAAAAAUUUCAUAUAAAUGGCAACCACAUUCCAGUCACAAAUUAUCCAUAUAUUUCAUCAAAGAAUUACAUCUCUGACCAAACAUUCUGGUAUCAAAUGGAACGUUGUCUCUGACCAAUAACUGAUUUUAAUCAAAAUUGUAUUUUGUGGGGUCUUGAUGUCUGUGGAUUUAUUCUGAAUUUUUGAAACUACAAUGAAAUGCAAUUCAUUGGACAAAACUUUUUAUUUUUUUAUUUUUUUUAUUUUUUUAUUAUAUAGAUGUGUGACUUAUAGAAGCAAACCCCACAAAUAUGAUUGUAUGAUAUGUCUCAGUCUUUUAUAUUUACAUAUAUUUGUUUAUUUUUUACUAUAUCAUGGCAUUCAAUGUCCAUUUUUAGUACCAUCUAUAAGAUGCAAGUGUUGAAAUCCAUUUUGAUUUUUGAAAAUCUGUGCAAUUUGACAAGCAACACAACCGCUAAGAUAGUUGUGUGAAGUGGUAUUUUCUAGUUUUGUUGAAGUUUACUAACUUUAUUGAAAAUCAGCAGGUCCUAGGGGGGGGGGGAUGGGGGGGGGGGGGGGGGGCAUAGAACUGAGCUUACUUUUGAUCCCAGUCUCUUGUUUUACUACUUUCCUUUUGUGAGACUCAGUCUUAGAUCAGAAAUAAGCAUGUCUUAGUGUUAUGGCUCCAUAGUUAGAGGCUAUAUCUUCUCUUCACAAUCAAGAAGCUAAUUUAAUUGAUAUAUCUCCCAAAUGCAUUUAAAUAGUGAAAUAUGUUCAAAAUUUUCAUGGAAGUUUUCACCAAGUAUUUCUAAGGAUUCAUGCAUCAAGUGUCAGACUAUCAUUUUUUACACCUUCAUUGAACAUUUGGGUGCAUUCAGAAACAUCCCACAUUCUAGACAUGCUGAUUUUACCAUGGGUUGUCAAUGGUUCCAAAGCUUUGAAAAUGUUAACCAAAGCUCAAGAAAGCUACCUUUGGCAACUAGUAACUAUUAAUUAUAAAAUUAUUAAAAAAGCCAUUUUAAAUUUUAGGGAAAACAACUAGGCACUGUGUUAAUACAGUGUGAAGGUCAAUUUGGUGGUCAGAUAGAUUUAUUUGACAUCUUAUCUUUUUUUGGAGUUUUUAUUUUGAUCUUUAUCAGUGGCAGUUAUGAAUAAGAGUCCCACCAUGCCUUGCUCAGUUGCCAGUAUGCAAGAGGAUACUAAUUACCAAAGCUUAUGGUAAAACUUAGGUACCAGUGGUAGAUACUAAUACCACCGGAUAGCAACAGUAGAACUGUGAAUGCACCCAUUGUAUUUGUCAAAAACUCAACUUCUCUCUAUGUAAUGGCAUAUCAUAAUAUCUGAUGAACAAAUGGCAGAUAAUUGACUUCAUAUCAACAGUUUUAUUACUGGUAUCAAAUUUAAAGAGCCUAUCUCUGUUGUCUGAAAUAAACAAACUCCAAUGCAGAUUUACUGCCAAAAGUAUUCCCACUUUAACUUUGUAGAAAGUGGUCAGAGUGUUUGAAAUAGAACCCAUGAAAAGUGCCUAAUCGAUGACAAAGCAAAUAAUUAUAUCAAUAUUAAACAAACAUUAUGUAAUACGCUGCGAGCGAUGAUUGAGUCUUAACACUUUAUUUGAAUAAAUAGAUGUAAUUUAAUGAACCAGUUAGGAUCAAUAUGGAAAGCAUACAAAAUCGAGAGCGAGCGAUUGAUUUAUAAAAAAAAUAAUAUUCAUAUAAUUGUGUCAAAUUUUGCAAAUGAGAUGAAGAUUGGAGAUUGUAUAGGGCUCAUUUACAUACUAUGUACAGAGAACAAAGCUGUAGUCCAUUAGCCAGGGACUAUACAUUUACAUACUAUGUACAGAGAACAAAGCUGUAGUCCAUUAGCCAGGGACUAUACAUUUACAUACUAUGUACAGAGAAAGCUGUAGUCCACUAGGCAGGGACUAUACAUUUACAUACUAUGUACAGAGAACAAAGCUGAAGUCCACUAGCCAGGGACUAUACAUUUACAUACUAUGUACAGAGAACAGAGCUGUAGUCCACUAGCCAGGCGACUAUACAGAUGCUUAUAAAGUGUGUAACUGUGUUGUAAUUAAUGCGAGAGAGAAAGAUCAUGGCAUUGUUAAAAAUCUGUGGUUAAUAAAUGAAAAUUGUUUCAA